UAACAACAACUUCUUUAUGCCAGGCAAAACAUUUCACAUAGAGAGAGAUGAAGGGAAUCAAGUACCUUGAGCAUUUCAGAGGUGAGCAUCAAUUGAAGCUGAUCGAGAAGGUUGACAAAGCUAAUCUAGCUGUAUGCAAAGCUUGCAAGGAACACUGUCGUGAUCCGUAUUAUUUUAGUUGCAGCAUAUGCGAUUUGAACCUCCAUGAUUUAUGUGCAAAGUUGCCAUCAUGGUUCUCAAAUCCUUUUCAUCCCCACACGCUUUCAAUCUUUCAGACUCAUAUGAUAGGUGAGCCGGAAGAGUUUCAGUGCCACGCCUGUUUUAGGAACAUAGAUGGCUUCACCUAUGGCUACAAAUGCAACGAGUGCCUCAUCUAUCUAGAUGUUGAAUGUGCUUUACUAAGACCUGUCAUAAAAGAAGAUGAAGAUCCUGUUCAAAUCCAUUUUUCCCAUCUUCACCCAUUAGUCCUAGUUGCUACUGAACAGAAGGAUGUUAAUGAUGACCCCCCACGCUGCUACUUGUGUUGGGAAUUUAUAAUUAGCUCGGUACUGUUCUACAAGUGUGAACCCUGCAGAUUCUAUCUUCACAAAUCUUGUGCUGAAUUGAAGUUGCCAAAAUGUUUGGAUCACUUCUAUCACCGUUGCUCUCUCGCUCUAUGCACCGAAAGAAAUCCUUAUACUUGCAAUGCUUGUUUGAGGAAUCGUGGUGGCUUCCACUACCUCUGCGACAAUUGCAACUUCAGGCUCGAAGUCGACUGCGCUUUACUGCCUGAAAAAAUGAAAUCUGAAGGUCAAGAUCAGCUCUACCACCACCCUAUGCACGGGCAUCCCCUAACACUUGUUGAUUUAACUGAUGAUGAAGCAAUUCACUGCGUCGCUUGCCAGAAAAGCUGUUGUGACAAGGCCUAUGUCUGUCGUUGGGAGGGGGUAUGCAAGUUUUUCCUCCACCAACAAUGCUUCCUUCUUCCUGACAAGGUAUUCCAACCGCAAUAUCCAGGCCUCGAGUUAAAGUUGACUCCAGAAUGUUUUCCUAAAGCAAGAUGCAUUUCCUGUUAUAAUUUAUGCAAUGGCUUAUUCUACCGCACUCCGUCCAAAUUACCGAAGAAAGUGAGAAAAAAACUGGGUGGCUUACAAUUACCAUUCAACGUGCACGUUAAAUGUCCGGUGGAGGUUUCCACUAUAACAUAUCAAGCUCACCCUCACAAUCUUUCAUUUAUCGAAAACAUCAUAGGCAAUGAUAUUGACGACAACAAUGAAUUCAAAGGUAUAAAGUGCAAGGCCUGCGGCAAGGAUUGCGUAUCAUCAUCACCUCUGUUUCGUUGUGCCCGAUGCAAUUACAAUCUUCAUGUUGAAUGUGGUCCCUUACCGUGUAUCAUUCCUUUCAAAAGUGAAUUACAUACACAUCCACUCAGGCUUGUCUAUUCUCCGGUGGACGGCGAAGACAAAAAUGACGUGGAUGUGUUUUACUGCGAUGAGUGCGAAAACGAAAGAGAUCCAAGGCUGCCAGUUUAUUGUUGCUCUGAGGGCUGCCCCUACACUGCUGAGAUUAAAUGCGUAAUAUCCGAGGUAAAACGUUCAUUAUUGGGAUAUAAUGGCGAAGUGGAGUUUAAGUCCUUGAUCACUAAGAUGGCUGGCAAGUUGAUUGGCAAAUAUUAUCUUCCUCCUCAGGAAACUGCAAGGGGCAGUGGAACAAAGAAUGAAGAUUGCAAUGAAAUUAUUAGUCGUUUCAGAAUUGAGGACACAGACUUGUAUCGAAGCAUUUCUAUGGCUGCAAGACACUGGGCUCAGAAUGAUACUACCAAGAGCAUGGGAUCACAAGCUUCUCUGUUUCCAAAUGAGGCUCUUACUCUUAUGAACUUAUUAUAUGGAGGCAAAGAUAUAUUUAAAGAAGAUAGGCCGAUUUUCAAGGUCGAAGAUCAUUUUUUGAAGUCAGACUUUGCAUACAUAAGGGAGGCACUUGGUGAUGUUAUCCUUGCAAAACCCACUUCGCAAAAUUCACCGGUAGUGGACUAUUUCAGAUUUAUGUUAUGCUGGACAAUAAACAGCAUGCGCACCACAAGAAUUCUUGAUAUUUCCCAAGAACUACUGUCAAAGUGGUGGAAGAUCUUGAAAAUGGUGCAUUUUGCAGGUUUCAACAUACAGUUCGCCUUAGACCGUCUGGACAGAAUUGUAUUUGCUUACUAUGGUCUUCAAGCUAAAGCAGAAAAGGAUAACCUGCAGAAAAUAGAUGGAGAGAUCUCAGAGCUUGAUCAAGAUAUCAAAAAAUUUGAAGCAUUAUUGGUGGAUAAAAGAGCAAGAUUACAAGAACUCCAGAAGAGACGUGGGCAUGUGGCGUCCAAAGACAUUGUGGGUUCUAGCUUAAUGGACAAGUGCUUAGGGGAGGCAUCUGAACUGAAGUGGAGGUUAGCUGGUGAAGGUCUUUUUGAAAAAUAGGAGUUCAACCUGGCGUUUGUUUUAUUAUUUUGCACUUUCUUUGUGAUAUGGAUUGUGAUUGUCUUGUUUAGUUUUAGAGUUAUUUGUA